GUUUUGCUUUAAAUAUCGCUGUCGUGGCAGCUUUGAAUUUAGUUCAUACUUCUUACAUUGAGCUAAACGAUCAUAAAUAUUAAAAUUAUUAUGAAGGUGCUGGGAUUUUUGGUUGCUUUUUCGGCUCUUCUGGCUACUGCUUUGGCCCUAAAAAAUGUCAUCUGCGGACUUCCUCGUUCUGCUAAUGGUGAUGGUAGAAUGAGCUGUUUAGCCUAUAUUCCCAGAUGGACAUUUGAUUCUUCCAACAAUAAAUGCAUUUCAUUUGUUUACGGAGGUUGCGGAGGCAACGAAAAUCGUUUUGAAUCCCGAAAAGAAUGUGAGGAAAAGUGUUUGGAAUAAAAUUAUUUAAACCAGUUACAAAUAUGUAUACAUAUAUUGUGAUCAACUUUUAUUAAAAAUAAAAAAUAUAAGCUAAAGUUGAGCCAGCAUUCAUUAAAA